AGGCGCCUGCCACGUUUGUCUCUAGGUAGGUGCAGAGCAAAAGCCUCCCUGGAGGGAGAGCUCCCUGGGGGCGCCCUGGGCAGCCUCGGGAGCAGCCUGCACCCCACUUCCGAGAGGAGCUACCCUGCCUGCAGCCAUGCCACUGCCCCUUGCCUGUUGCCAGGAUGGGGAAGCCCUGACAGCGGCUCGGGAUGGAGGCGUCGCCCAGUUCACCGUCGGCAUCCUGCGAGCCACCAGGAUCCCCGGACUGCACUACAUGUGCACCCGGCCACAGUCCCGCCUGCGCCGCCUGCUCUGGAGCCUGGCCUUCCUGGCCUCCGCCGGGCUGCUGGCCACCGGCGCCACCGACUGCCUGCACCACCUCCUGUCGCACCCCGUGCACACCCGGGCACGCCUCACCCGAGCCCCCCAGCUCCGCUUCCCGGCUGUCACCCUCUGCAACCCCAACCGGGCUCGCUUCCUGCACCUCACCAAGCCCGAUCUCUACUCGGUGGGGCAGUGGCUGGGGCUGGCCUGGGAGAACCACUCGCUGGUGCCCGAGAUGCUGGCCGUGCUGGGGGAGGACCGGCGCACGUGGCUGACCCGUCUUGCCAACUACUCGCGCUUCUUGCCACCCCGCCGCUCCGAGCACACCAUGCAGAGCUUCUUCCACCGCCUGGGCCACCAGAUCGAGGACAUGCUGGUAGACUGCCGCUUUCAGGGAGAGCACUGCGGCCCCCAGCACUUUGCCCCUGUCUACACACGGUAUGGUAAGUGCUACACGUUCAACGGGGACCGGAGGAACCCACGGGUGACCCGCCAAGGUGGCAUGGGCAACGGGCUGGAGAUCAUGCUGGACAUCCAGCAGGAAGAGUACCUGCCCAUCUGGAGAGAGACAAACGAGACGUCAUUUGAAGCUGGCAUCCGGGUCCAGAUUCACAGCCAGGAUGAGCCACCCUACAUCCAUCAACUGGGCUUUGGUGUCUCGCCUGGCUUCCAGACCUUCGUGUCCUGCCAGGAGCAGCGGCUCACCUACCUGCCGCAGCCAUGGGGGAACUGCCGGGCCAGCGUGCAGGGGGAGCAGACGCUGCCUGGCUACGACACAUACAGCAUUGCUGCCUGCCGCCUGCAGUGUGAGAAGGAGGCCGUGGUGCGGAGCUGCCACUGCCGCAUGGUCCACAUGCCAGGCAAUGAGUCCAUCUGCUCCCCCAACGUGUACAUCGAGUGUGCUGACCACACGCUGGACGCGGCGGUGGAGGACAGCCAGGAGCGCUGCAGCUGCCCCACACCAUGCAACCUGACCCGCUAUGGCAAGGAGAUCUCCAUGGUGCGCAUCCCCAACAAGGGCUCAGCACGCUACCUCGCCCGCAAGUACAACAAGAAUGAGACCUACAUCCGGGAGAACUUUCUGGUGCUGGACAUCUUCUUUGAGGCACUCAACUAUGAGGCCAUUGAGCAGAAGAAAGCCUACGACCUUGCUGGGCUUCUCGGGGACAUUGGGGGACAGAUGGGCCUGUUCAUCGGUGCCAGCAUCCUCACUAUCCUGGAGAUCCUGGACUAUGUCUAUGAGGUGAUCCGGGACAGGGUGAGCCGGGUCCUGCGACGCUCCAAGCCACCCCUGAAGAAGCCCUCAGGCAGCAUUGCCACACUGGGACUGGAGGAGCUCAAGGACCAGAGCCCCUGUGAGACGCUGGGCCGACACGUGGAGGGUGCCUACAACACGGGCAUCCUGCCCAACCACCACCACCGCCACCACUACCCUCACCAGGGCGUCUUCGAGGACUUCGCCUGCUAGGCCAGCUCGGAACCGGGGGGCAGACCCCCGGACCCUCCUCCCCACUGCCUGCAUGGAGAGGGACUGCGGCAGCGGGUGCAGCGAGCGCAGGCCCCUGCCUCCCCCACCCCACUGCCAGGGCUGGCCCGUGCUGUUUGCCCCCGGCGGUGCUGCCAGAGCUGCCGAGGCACUGGCACUGGAGUGACCCCCCCAGCCCUUUUGCCUGUCCCCUCCACUUGCCCCCAGCACACGGGCCCAGCCCCGUCUCAAGCACAUGGCAUGGAGGGGAAUGGGCACACUGGGACAGACUGGGGGAGCAGUGGGGUGCAGGGCAGAGGCAGUGCAGAGCAUUCUGGAGGUAAGCUAUGGUUCCUGCAGGACCCUCCAAGCCCUUCCCAUCUGGCCUAUCCAGGGUGGGAGCCUCUGCCCUGCAUGGUCACCCCCAGGAGAGAGACGUACCUGGAGCAGCUUUCCCCCUGCCCAGGGACCACACAAUCCCCCCCUCUCUUCCUGCAGCAGGGCAGAGCGGCAUUGCAGGGCAUGUCUCUGAGCAGCACAGUCUCCCUGGCCAGCCCAGGGACACCCCCCCUGCAGCCACACCUGCAUGGCACCACCACUGUGACACCCUCAAACAUCUGCCCGCCCUCCCCAACUGCCUGCAGCCUGCCACAGCUGCAGCCCCCUGCUGCCGUUCCCAUCCAGACCCCUGCACUGUGACUGCCCCCCCAGUGUUGGCCCCCAGUAACCCCCAGUCAUUGCAGCACUGCAGACCCACUGCCCACCCCUCUCCUGCCCCAGCCCACCGUACCCCCAGCCCACCUGUCCUCUCCUCACCCAGGUAUUGGCCAAAGCGGCUCAUCCCUUGGUGCAGCCACCAGGCCCACCCAGAUAAUGCGGGGGGGUCCUGCCCUUGCUCCCCUGCCUGUCCCCCCUCUCUUGCACUGUGCACGUACCCCCUGCCACCUUCCCACCCCCCAGGUGCUGAGCACCCACUGUGCCUCCCCAAGACUGUACACGGUUAGGAGGGUGCCCCAUGCCCAGCACUGCCCAGACAGCCACAGCCCAACCCACUGGCCGGGGCCUCGGCCAGGACCAGCACCGGCAGCUCCUGCCUGCCCAGAGAUGGCAGGACCCAUGGCAGGACCCACAACGCUCCCUCUGUCCUAUUGGACAUUGCCUCUUCCUCCUCCACUGUAGCAGACACCAGCGCAGGACAAACUGCCCCAAAAUAUCUCAGGAGGGGGGGCAGGCUGGCAAAGCCCCCCUCAAUACACAUACACAGCAUAGAGGGGGACCCCAGGGCAGGAAUUUGGGACCUCUGGGGGAAGCUGGGUUUGAGCCAGGCUUCCCCUGGUCCUGCCAGUUUGGUAGCCAUCCGCCGUGCCCGCAGAUGCAACACGGCCGUGCCAUGCCAUGGCCAAAGCCAUACACGCAGAAGAAGCUGUUGUCCUUGCAGCCUCUAAGACCCCACAUGUGGAAGAUGCAGGACAAGGACCUAGUGAUGUUCCCAGCAGCCCUGGCUCUGGGUACGCGCAGCCCAACAUUCCCCCCCAAUAUGAAUCCAUGUGGAAAUAUGUUCCCCAUCAGUGCAAACAUCUGGUUGUGCUGUGUCCCAUGUCUC